GUACUCACACGCAAUCUAACUCGACCUUUCUAAAGCAAGGUUCUUCACCAAAAGUUGGAAGCCUUUGGGAUAUCAGCCUGUGAAAAUAUCUUCUCAGCAAAGACGUAAAAGACUUGAAGGUCUCGAUAAGAUAGGCAAAGGAGGAGCUUGCUAAGUGACUAUUGUUUGUUGCGACAUUGUUUCACAAGGCGUGAAGGUCUCAGCGUCACGAGGUCAUUCACAAAUCUGAUUGUUCUCCAAGUACGGCUACAAUGUUCCGGCGGAGCCCUAGCUGUGGGUCUAGCCUUGACAGCCUUUCAGGAAAGCGCUUUCCUGCUUUCGCGGUGAAGCCGAAGGAACCUGGCGACAACUACAGCGUGUGCUACGCGCAGUUCACGUUCGGCCUAGGGGUGGGUGACACCAAGGAGGAGGCUGUCAAGGACGCUGAGUAUGUGCUGGCCCUGGGGCUGCACAUGAGGGCUGACCAAGCGCCGAUCCCCGAGCCGGUGGCCAUGAAGGAUGCCAAGGAGCUGGCCCGGAACACGCUCUCAAAGCUAGGUCUUCGGGAGGAGGACAUAGAGUGGGUUACAGUCGAGGUCAAGCCCGAGGCUAUCAAGGACGAAGUCUGGGACUAAGAGGGACGUGCUGACGUGCUGACGCAGCACCCGCAAUGCGGUGUGAGGGUCUAGGUCAGGAGCUAGGUAUGCAAGCGUGUACUCGCCAAGUAAGCCUGGAAGCGAGCAAGGAGUGGGGAGGCUCUGAUGAGCGGCGGGGAUAGGCGGGGAUCAUUGACAUCCUAGCAGUGUAUGGUCAAUAGCAGGAGCAGGAGCCAUAGUCGGUAAAUGCUGAUUGUCAACGGUUGGUGCAAUCGAACAAGCCUCCCCUGGAUGAUGUGGGUACUUCAGACCCGAGCUGGACACGUGGCGGCGUGGCAGCAGGUUUGGCGCUGUCCGAUCAUUGUAAUUGUGAUCGUAAUUGUAAUAAACUGUCAGCCCCCUGCAUUUUCAGGUUACCAGUGUGGUAGGCAGGACGGCAUGGGGGGUACGAGCUAAACCUCCAAACCCCAUGUCCCUGGUAUCAGGCCAAAGGGUUGGGACGCUGUGCCGUUUGCGCAUCCCUUCAUAUCUCGGGCUGUUGGUGACGGCAUGGUUUUGCGCUUGCCGUAUGACGCUGAUUCCCCGCCCCCCUCGCCGUGAGAGGUUGUGCGUGGUUGGUGGCUCUGUGUGUGGGCAGGAUGCACGUGUGGGCGACCGUUCUAGUACCUGGACGCUUGCGCCCUGGUUAGUGCGUGCGCUGUGCGUGUGUCCUGCGGCCUAGACGUUUCCCGGCACUCCUGUGCCUAGGCUUGUGGCGUUGAGGCACAGCGGUGGGGCUCUGGCGGGUUGAGGCUUGGCUAGGACUCACUGUGCGCGGAGUCACACGGACUUUGCCCGCGGGAGGGUUUGCAGCAAAGUCGGGGUUGGGCCCUGAUAGCAUGUGAUGGCUCGGCGUCUUCGGGAGCUGGGACUGUCCCCUCUGUAACAUCCGCAUCCA